AUGUGUCGACCAAGAGAAAAUACUUCAAUAAUACAAAGUCAACCAAAAGAUUUAAAUGUAAUUGUUAAUGAUUUACAAGACUUAAUAAAACAGAAGGAAACAUCUUAUACAGAAGAAAAACGAAAACAUGAAACAUUUGAAAAAAAAUUACAAGAAACAUGUUCGUCUCUUGAAGAAGAAAAACAAAAACGUGAAACAUUUGAAAAAACAUCCGCAGAAGAAAAACAAAAACGUGAAGAAUUUGAAAAAAAAUUAGAAGAAACAUGUUCGUCUCUUGAAGAAGAAAAACAAAAACGUGAAACAUUUGAAAAAACAUGUUCGUCUUUGGCAGAAGAAGUAAAAGACUUAAGAGCAUGUCUUCAGUUAUUAAUAGAUGAUGCUGGUGGACAAAGAACAUUAGUUGUUUUAACAAAACUUGAUUUAAUGGAUCGUGGAACAGAUGCAUAUGAUGUUCUAUGUGGACGUGUUAUUCCGGUUAAAUUAGGUAUUAUUGGUGUUGUUAAUCGAAGUCAAGAAGAUAUUCAUAAGAAAAAACCAAUUGAUGAUGCAUUACGAUAUGAAUCUGNACAUUAUGUUCGAUAUGGAAAUAUAACACUUGAACGUCCACCAAAUUGUCCAGAAAUAUUACAUAAAUUAAUGCGUGCUUGUUGGACGUUUGCACCCGGUGAUCGUAUAUCUUUUCGAUCAAUAGUUGAUGAAUUAGUUCCAUAUGAAAAUGAAGACUUUCAUUUAAAUGCAUAUUAUCAUACUCAAUCAAAUCCAAGUCCAGAAACAGUUCUAUUGGAUAGUAAUAAUAAUAAUGAUGAAAAAGAUUUAUUAUUAGUUGAUGACAAUGACAGUGAACAACAUUAA